GUACGCAAUGCGGUUCUACGAGCUGUGGGACCCGGUGGUGGACAAGCAGGAGGUGGAGAGCGAGGAGGAGGAGGUGCAGGAGGAGGAGUGGGAGCUGGAGCAGCUGCAGCGACUGAAGGAGGAGCAGGAGGCGGAGAUGGAUGACGAUGAGGAGCCGCUGCAGUACUCUGUUUGGGACGUAGAGAAUGCAGAUGAAGCAUAUCGGCAGCAAGUGGAAGCACUGUCACACCAGCAGGAGGUACUGCGGCAGCAGGAGUGGGAGGAGUGGGAGAGGCAGGUGGCUGCUGCAGAGGUGCAAACAGAGGUUGUUGCGAGGAAGAGGAGGAGGAAGGAGGAGAGGGAGGCGAGAAGAAGAAAAGGGCGCUGGCCGUCUUUGGACGGCAGGAGGCUUGGGGUGGGGAUGCUGGAAGGAAUUGGUGAAGAGGGGGAGGAAGAGGAGGGGGAGAUAUUGGAGCUUGAGGGUGGGGAAGGAGAGGAGGACGAGGGAGUGAGUGAGGAGGACGAGGAAACGGAGGAGGAAAGCAGCGAGGAGGGUGAGGAAGAAGGGGAGGGUGGAGCAGAGAGAAGGGCGGUGCGUAUGCGAGCACGCGAGGAGAGGAGCCUAAGGAAGAGGCAGAGGAAGGCAGAGAGAGAGGUGGAGCGAGGAGCGAUGGUACCACUCAGGGUUCCAUCAGGGAGAAUGAGGCGGUUGCCUCGGCUGCUGGAGGAAGAAAUACUAGCGGAGCUGCACUUAAAGAGGAUAAAGAGGAGUAAGGUUAAGGCUCCAGGGGAGUGGCGUGGCGACGGUGAAAGGAGGGUGGGCUUUAGAGAAGAAGAUGGGAGGAGUGGAGGGAGCGAGGAGGAGGAGAGCGAGGAGGAGGGAGAGGAGGAGGAAGGGGAGGAGGACCGACGGGAGGAGAGGGGAGGAGAGGGUGGAGCAGAGGCAGGGAAGGGCAAGGGUGAAAAGCAGGCGAAAGGCAAGGCUGUGGAGAAGGCAAGGAGGAGAGAAGAGGCGCGGUUGGUGCGGUGGAGAGAGAGGCAGAUGCGUAUGGGGCGCAUUGUUAUACAGCCGAAGGACCUGUGGGAGGAUCCCAGACUGCCUCUUGUCAUUCGCCUACCGCCGCCGCUCUCUGCUUCUUCAUCUGCUCUUUCCAUUGGACUGCCUCUAUAUGGUGGUUCUUUUGCUACUCCCUAUGCUGUUCUUUAUGGUGGUCCCUAUCUUUCUGCAGCUUCAGCAGCAGUGUCACUACCACCACAGGAACCACCACAACAACCACCAGCAGCAGCAGCAUCAGCAGCCGAGCCGACUCGCAUCCCUCUCGUCGCAAUCACCCGCACCAUCCCAACCCCCCUUCUACCCUGGCAACCCCACGAAGACGCCACUCUAAUAGCAGCACUAUCCCAAUACGGCACCAGCAGCUGGCCUCUAAUCACUCACAUUCUCUCAUCUCUCCCGGACGGGACAGCCAGGCAGAGGGGUGCUGUGAGGGGCGUGUGGGAGUGCAUGCAACGAUUGUUCUCGCUUUUAGAUGCCCUGAGCUGGUGGCAGGGGUUGGGGCCGAGGGGGACGCGUGGGGGGAUGGUGGAGUUGCUGAGGGGAGGAGGGGCGUGGAGGGACGGGGGUGAGUUGGAUGGAGGAGGGGAGAGGGAGGUGUGGAGUGGUGGAGAGGGGUGGAGAAGUGUGGUGCAACAGGGGAAGGCAAAGGAUGUUUUGGUGCCCAAGUCUCAACUGUCGCAACUCUCGCUCCUCCUCGGCCCUCUUCCCGACCACAGCUCUCAGCAACCCUCCCGAGCAGCAGCCUUCAUUGCCCGCUUUUACACCCAGCCCACUGCAACCUCUCCUCUCCCCACACUCAUUCCCUCCACAUCCCCACACGCAACAAUACGGGAGGGAACCAGAGAACAGGGUACAGUUACUGCAGCUGCUGCAGGUGCAGCAGGGGCGGGCGGGAAGGAGCAGAAAGCAGCAGGUGAAGGGACAGCAGCAGGAGGAGUGCCUUUGCAAUCGCUCCAGCCGCAGCCUCUCUCCCCCUCUCCCACCUCGACUGCUCCCUCCUCUUCCUCUUCUCUAUUGUUCGUCUCUCUCGGCCCUGUGGUUUUGGAUAGUGGUGGUAGUGGGAGUUCUUCUGAGUGGGAUGAGUGGGGAGACAGGAAUGAGGCGAAGGGGAGGGAGAAUGAGGGCAGAACGGGAGGUAUAGAACCUGAUUUGAGGGUCGGGUUCGCUGCAGGAGGAGGGGUCGAGGUUCCUCUCCCCAUCCCACCUCACGCUCUGGGCGAGCUCUGCUCUUGCAGUCGAGCUGCCUUCCGUGCUUCCCCCCCCAUCCCUGAUCACAAGCUUUCCCCUUGCCUCAUGCACCCCAACCCCCCCACUUUCUCUCCCCAUCUGCCUGUCAUCCCAGGUUCCUCUCCCCAUCCCACCUCACGCUCUGGGCGAGCUCUGCUCUUGCAGUCGAGCUGCCUUCCGUUCCUCGCCCCAUCCCAUCUCUCGCUCUGGGCGAGCUCUGCUCUUGCAGUCGAGCUGCCCGCCAUGCUUUCUUCUUUCUCAUGCCCCUCCAAUCCCCCUGCCCCACCUGCCUGUCAUCCCAGGUUCCUCGCUCCAUCCCAUCUCUCGCUCUGGGCGAGCUCUGCUCUUGCAGUCGAGCUGCCUUCCGUGCUUCUUCUCCCCGACUCCCAGCCUGCACCACCCAUCCUCCCUACUUCGUCCGAAGCAAAAGAACCUCAGGCCUCCCAGGGAGAGGGGCAGCAGGUGCAACAGCAGCAAGCACCUCCCACAACCGCCAACACCACCACCGCCACUGCCACUGCCCUCCGCCACGCCUCCACCGCAGCCCACAAGCCCACCUUGCUCGCCCUCCCCGCUUUCUCCGCCCCCGCUGCUGCAUCCCCUUCCCCUUCCCCAUCCCCUUCACCACAUCCCAUCCGCGCCUCCUCCCCUCUUGACCCAACGGCACCAUUACAUGGCGCUGUGUCUACCCCAAGCACCCGUAGCAUUGACCCUGAGGAGGUAGAAUCAGGGAGCGAGAAGGAGGGAGGGGCCGAGCCUGAGGCUGUGCUGGGAUCUCCGGCCGCUGCGGCUGCUGCUGCGGCUGAUGCUGCCAUUGGUGGUGGUGGUGCUUCUUUUGCGAAGGAUAUUCUGCGCUUGUCGUCUCCAUCGCUCCCCGGUCAAACCUUGGGAGCAAUCGAAACAGCAGGAGCAGCAGCAGCAGCGGGAGGGAGAGGGGGAGGGGGAGGUAGGGGUUCGAAGGGAGCAGGAAGAGGCGUGGGGAGAGGAGCCGGCAAGGCAAGGGGUGGGCUGGGAGAGGAAGGGCCUAGAAUUGCAGGGGUUACUGGGGGAGGUGGGGGCGGAGGCAUGGGGGGAGUGGGAAUGGGGAGAGGUGUGGGGCGGUUAGUGGAGGGAGGAGUAGGUGGGGAGGCAGGAGGAGGGGCAGGCAGAGGAGUGGCGCGAGGAGGGGGGCGGGGAGGAAGAGGUGAGGGGAGAGGAGUGGGGCGGGGAGUGGGACGAGGAGGGCGAGGAGAGGGACGAGGCACACCAGGGAGAGGGAGUGUGGGGGGAGGGGACAUGGCAACUUCUCUAGGGGCUGCUGCUGCUGCUGCUGCAGACAGUGCGAGAGGGAGGGCAGGAGGGGCAGAGGGGAUUGCAGGCAGAGCUUUUGAGCAGAGGAGUGAGGGAGACGAGAGAAUGGCCGUAGGGGGAGAGGAAGCACUGUGGGAGGAGCAGCAACAGCAGGAGCAGCAGGGGCAGCAGGGGCAGCAGGUGGGGAAGGAAGGGGCGGGAGAGGACGUGGGGGAAGGGGCGGAGGCAGAGGGGUCGUGGGGAGAGGCAGGGAGGGAGUGGGGAGAGGCAGGGCAGGGGCCGGUAGGGGCAGAGGAGGAGUGGGUGUGGGUGCGAGAGGGUCGGGGGAAUAUGCAGCCACAGAUGCAGCAGCAGCAGCAGCAGCAGCAACAGCAGCAGCAAAGGAGUGAGCAGCAAGGAGGGGCAGGAGGAGGGGAGCCAGGGAAUCAAUCCCAGCAAGGCCAGCAGAUCCAGCAGGGAGGAGUGAGCAGGCUAUGGUUGGUGGAAUCGGGAGGGAGCGCUGACGACAAGAACGACAGCAACAGCCUUACCACCACCACCACCACCGCCACUACCAACGAGAACAUCAGCGGUGGCACUGGUGGCAUUGGCGGUAACAGCAGCCACCACCAGGCAGGGAUGGAGCUGGACCUGAAUUGGGCAGCAGCAGACGAUCCUGUCAGGGAAGGCAUGAGAGGUAAUGGGGCUGAAGCAGCAGCAGCAGCAGCAGCAGCACCAUCUGCGUCCCGCCAUCCUCUUGAGAUGGACCUAAACCUUCCAGCUGAUGCUGACACUCCCGCUCCUCUUCCUCCUCUACCUCUCACCACUCCAGCCCCACCAGCAGCAGCAGCGGCCUCAGCCGCUUUCCAACCCUCUGCACCUCUUCUCCACCCGCCCAAACCCCGGGACCCGCGCCGAUUCGCCCGCCUUGCCAACACUGCCACUGUUCCUGCAUCAGGGCCUGCAACAGCUGCACCGGCUGGAGAAAUAAAGAGCGGAGCAGCCCUACGACUACCCCUCUCCUCCCCCUCCUCUUCUCUCCCCCUUGCACCUGCUGCCAUGCUUCCCUCCCGCCCUUCCCAGUCCUCCCACCCAUCCCAGUCCUCCGCUCCAGCCCACGCCUCUCAGCCCCAGCUUGCAGGGUUGGGGGCGCGUUUGGGGGCUGUUAUGGCCGCUACGGGAAUCGGCGGGGGAGCACAAGGGGCCGGGGGGGCACAGGGGGGUGGGGAGGCGAGGGGGGUUGGGAGAGCAGAGAUCAGGGGUCCUCCUGGGAAUACGAUGGCGGGAAAUACCGGUAGUGGUGGUGGUGGUGGUGCCAGUGGUGGUGGGAGUGGUGGUGGUAGUGGCAGCGGGGGUGGCAGUGGUACUGCUGUCCCCAGGCUACUCUCUUUACCAUCAGCUCUGUUUCGAAUGGCACCUACUGCUGGUUCUGGUAUGCCUGAAGGGGUGGGUGGAGGGCGAGGAGGCGGAGGAGGUGGGGGAAGAGGAGGAGGUGGAGGGAGAGGAGGAGCAGCAGGAGGAGGGCCAAUGCAGAGGGCUGCUGGUGUAGGUGGGCAACAAGGCUCAACUCCUCAGGUGGCCCUUCAGGUGUCCCCAGGGACACUUCAAAUGCCUCAGGUGGGCCUUCAGAUGCCUCAGGUGGGAUUUCAGGGUGCUCAGGUGCCAGCUCGGAGUUCAGUGGGUGUGCCUUUGCAGGCCUCAGGGCAGCAGCAGCAGCAGCAGAAGCAGAGUGGAGGGGGGUACGGUGGGAGUGGGUCUGGUCGUGGGGAGGGAGGGAGAGGGCGAGCCCUUCAUGCCCUCGUCACCCCGUCCUUCUCAUCCCUCUCAUCCUUCACUCUCUUCCCCCUUCCUUUCCCUCCCACUUCUUCUUCUCACACGUGCAUGUCUCAAAUCCCGCAUCCCGCGCAUAAUUGGGAUCUGCAGUUAGCAGUGAAUUUCUUCCUGGAGCAUGGAGGGGAUGAGGGUGGAGGCCUUGGGAACGGAAUCACUGAUGCCAUCGAUCUUACCAGCGAGCCUCCGCCUGCUGCUGCCACCACACGCCCUCGCACCUUCCAUGGGCAGUACCUGGGUGGAGAGGAGCAGAUGGGAGGGGCAGCAGGAAUAGCAGGGAUGCAGCGGCUGGAGGAGCAGGAGCAGGAAGAGGGGUUUGAGGACCUGAAUCCUAUGCGGCCCUUCAUGACAGGCUCUGCGUUUGAUCGCCUCAUGCCCACCUCUCGUGCCCCUCCCAUGGCUGCGACCGGUCGUGCUCCCUCCUCCGGACCUAUUAUCUCCGAGCCUCGGGAGGUUCGGGAUAUCCCGAUCCAGUGGGACGAUGCUGCCAGUAACGGUAACGGCAGUACUGGCGGUAGGCAGUACACGAGUGGUGGCGACCCGAGGGGUUUAGGAGGGGGUUUGGGUUUUGGGGAGGGUAGGGGGGUUGGUUUUGAUGAGGCUUUUGACAGAGGGUAUGGGAGGAGAGUUGGGUUUGGCCCAUUUGGGUUAGCGUCUCAGGAGCAAGGGCAGCAGCAGGAGCAGCAGCAGUGGAAUCAGAGUGGUGGAGUGCGUAUUGAGGAGGUGGAGGAUGGUGAUGAUGGUGCUGCUGCUGGUGCUGGUGCGUUUGGUGCUGGUGCGAUUGGUGUAGGUGCAGGUGCUGAGGGAGUGGGGCGAGGGUUAAGGGGCGUGGGUGAAGGUGUGACAGGAGGGGAGUGGGCGAGGGGCCGGGUGUUUGUUCAGGAGCCAGGGGUAGGCGAGGCGGUUGGAGGAGCAGGAGGAGGGAUGGGAGCAGCAGCAGGAGCAGGGAUGGAAGCAGGAGCAGGAGCAGGAGCAGGGGGGGGGUUCGCUGGAGAGGCAGAGGAAACAGGGUUUGCUACCAUGGUCCCUCUGUCGUCAGGAGCAGCAGCAGCAGCAGCAGCAGCACCCAUGGAUGUGUAA